AAAGUUACAUUCCUUAAACUACAACGCCAUUCUAUUCUUUCUCCCCUACCAUCUCGAAGUUCAACAACUGAAGCCCAAUUGCGGUAGUUGACAUUUCCGCAUGCCAAGCCAUGGCGCGUAGUAUUCAGUGCAUCGGUCUUGCGGCUUGCGUUUUGGCGGCGCAAUAUGUUGCGGCGCAGGAAAUCCUAAGUAAACUUAUCGUAACAGAUGCUCUUUUCAAUGGUGCGAAGAAGGAUGCUAUCCAUAGCCAUCUACAGCGGAUGCUCCAAUUGGAUUCUGAGCGCGAAGAGUCGGAGACUUUGGAAAGCUGCAGCCCCGCCGCCUUGUUGCAAGACAGAAAAUGUACAGUCCAAAUUGCUGCUGGCUUGAAGCUUGCGUCGAAGACUGGAAUUAAGUCUUCCGUCGAAAGCAAGAUAUCUGCACCAAUGUGCAAGGGCUCGGACUGCCUCAAUGCGCCGAUGCCCAACAACAAGGGGUCAUCCGGCAGCGAAAGCGUUGAAGUCGAGGGCAAUGAACCAGCAACGAAAUUGGUCACAUACGGUCCGAUGACCCAGGACGCUUAUCAGCGCAUGGUGCAGCGCAAGCGUGCAGCGAAGAGGGACGAGCUACAGAAGAAGGGCGCUCUCACCCCGGAGCUGGACGCGUUCUUGAAAUCUUCGAAUGCUGGCGAGCUGAAGGACGCCUUCGGCAUUCCACUGCCAGCGGCCCCCACAGAGCCUCGCCGCCCUCGUGAUGAUUUUGAAAUGCGCUUCCAGCCGCAAACCCCCUCGCCCGACCCCGCCAUCCGCGCUCCUUCCUCCUCGAAGUCUUCCUCGCCCAGCGACACCAGCAGCUCAAAAGCCAGCUCGGAUUUUGAAAUGCGCUUCCAGCCGCAAAGCCCGGCUAUGGAACCCGGUGCCCUUCGCCAAGAGCUUGAGGCCUUUAUCGCCGCCUCGCCCGUGGCGCAGCACAUGGCCCACAGCACUGCUUCCUUUACCACCACCUCUACCUCGACCACCACCACCUCUCCGUCCGCCCCCGCAAGCAGCACCGCCGAGAACGCAGCUGAGCUCAAGUCGGUCGUAGCCGCCGCAGCAACAUUGGCAGUAGCCGGAGCUAAUGUGCCUCAUCAGAAGCCGUCUUUGGAAGACCCGUUGCCGCUACCAGCUGCGGCCAAGACGCUGAACGACGUAGCCGCCGCCGCCGCCGCCGCCGCCGUGGGCCCAGCUCGUCCCCCAAUGACGAAGACCCAGGCAGAGGCGGAGGCUGCGGCCGCAGCGCAGCAAGUCGCCGCGAACACCGCCGCCGCUCGGGAGGCGAAUUUGGAGCGAAAGCGCCAACUGGUUCGCGAGGAGGCGGCUGCUGCCGCCGCCAACAAGAAGAAUGCUGCUAAGCGUACCGGUUCGUCGUCGUCGUCGUCUCCAUUGAGGGGGCAGCAUAAGCAGGAGCAGCAGCGUCGUGGAAGCGGCAGUACCACUCCCACUACCACUCCCAGUGCCAGUACCAAGUAUGUACAUGCCAUGCGAUCCGCCCCCGGUGCCCCUCGUCCCAUUUCCUCAUCGUCACCAUCGGUGAGAUCCAAAGCGGGUGUGACUGGUUACCUUUUCGUGGCUUUGCUCGCGGUGGCGGCGGCGGUGGGGUUGUUCGUGGCGGCGGCGGUGAUGGAGGAUGCACUGCUUGCUCGUCCAAGCGGAGUGAAGAACGGCGCCGCCGUCGCGACGGCUGCGCUACCGGGUCAGUGGCUUGUGCUGACGCGCGGCUUGUGGCGCCGUUGCCGUCGUGCCUUCGCCGCCGCUCGUAAACAGCUGAUGGGUCACGGAUCGGAUCUGCCUAUGUCGGUUAAUGAGGGAAGCAGCCCCGUCGCACGUGCCGUUGCCGCCGCUAGCGCGUUCGUACAUGUCUUUUGGAUGCACUUCCGUCACCAACAGCUUAGUGGGGCUGUAACGGCUGCAUUGGAUGCGUCGCGUCGCGCGUCGGCUGGCGGCGGCGUCGCCUCUUUCGUACCCGACCGCGCGUCGGCCGGCGGCGCCGCCGCUGCCACCCCGGCGUCGGUGUCGUCUUACCAGCCUUAUAUCACCAGCCCGUUUGCGGCGCCGCUGUACCAGCAAUCGUACGGCGCUGCAGCCAUGGCUGCUUCGUCGACAUCAUACGUAAUCGAAUCUGACGUCAGCGCUGCCGUUACGGUGGAUGGCAAUCUACGGCGCCGGCAUUAA